GCCGGGCCCGCCCCUCGCCGGGGCCGCAGCUAAGCAGUCGCUACCGCCAGCUCAGCGGCUCGGACUCACGGACGCGGCUCGCUAGCAGUUCGCCGCGAGAAAGCUGACUCCGGACGACGGCGCCCGCACGCCCGCUGCCCGCUGCCCGGUUCAUCCAUGAGCUCAGAUUUCCCACAUUAUAACUUCAGGAUGCCUAAUAUUGGAUUCCAGAAUCUGCCUCUCAACAUCUAUAUUGUGGUUUUUGGCACUGCUGUGUUUGUCUUCAUCCUUAGUUUACUCUUCUGUUGCUACUUGAUUAGGCUGAGACAUCAGGCACACAAAGAGUUUUAUGCCUACAAACAGGUUAUAUUAAAAGAAAAAGUAAAAGAACUUAAUCUUCAUGAGCUCUGUGCUGUGUGUCUAGAAGACUUCAAGCCUAGAGAUGAACUGGGGAUUUGCCCGUGUAAGCAUGCCUUUCACAGAAAGUGCCUUGUUAAGUGGCUGGAAGUCCGGAAAGUGUGUCCCCUGUGCAACAUGCCAGUGCUGCAGCUGGCCCAGUUGCACAGUAAACAGGACCGUGGUCCCCCUCAGGAACCCCUCCCUGGGGCAGAGAAUAUUGUAUAGCUUGCUGCAAGGAUCAGACUGUUGCUGGACACAUCAGUAUGGAGCCAGGAGAAACACAAGCAGACUCCGUUUUGGCUGCUCUCUGCCUGGGGCACCCACUGUCACUUCCUUUGCCUCAUGAAGAACUCUUGAGCCAGGCAAGCUGAGACCCUAGGCAUCUGGAUCUUGUGACAACCAAAGCACCCUGAUAUUACCCUAUGCCAAAAGGAGUGAAUGAGCCUGCAGAUUUGGUUUCAGAAGUUUCCUGAGCAUCUCCUGUGUCUCCCAGGCACCUCCACAUCAAGCAAAAGGGAAGAUAAGCACAGGUGUUAGAGACCAGACUGUGAAUGGGGCUUUGAUGCCUCCCCACCUGUGGACCUGUUAAGCUGCUGUGCAAACUUGACAGCCUGUUGUUGCCACAUGUCCUCUUGGCAUCCCGAGUCCAGUGAAGCCAGUUGUCCCAUCAGCUGAAGCACAACUGGCUGCCAGUAUUUGGUGAGGCAGCCCCUGCAAGGCUUUUCGGGUUCUGUUCUUUUAAUGAGGCCAUCUUGGAACCUGAAGACUUUGGGAACAGCAGCAGCAGAACCCCUGCCACACGUGCCAAUUCACACUUGCUGUCAAAUCUUCCAGGUUGAAGCCAUUGGAAACACUUGGAAAGGCCUGGUCAGGAGCUGUUCUGUUUCUGUCUGCCCUCCUAGUCAUCAGUAAGACCCAGCAGGAGCUUAACCCUGAACCUCCACUAUCCCUGUGUAACCCCGGGGCCAGGGUACUGCUCAAGUACACCACAAGUAUAGUGUGAUUCCAUUACAGCUGCUGGCCUCAGCCCACUGGCUAAGGAGUCUUGACUCCUCAGAUGGCUCCAAAGAAGAGCCUCUUAGCAAAGCCAGUCCUCAACCCACCAGGAUGGCCAGGACACACACUCUGGCUUCUCUUCUCCUCUGCUCUUUUUCUACAUAAGAAAAAUGUCUUACUGCAUUUUUAAACAUUUAUCCCAAAUAAGCUCCAUGUAAUUCCGAAGCCAGUGAGCCACUUGGAGUUGUAAAUAAUUUGAGGAAGCUCCCGCAUGGCUGGCCUUCUGUUGGUGUGUACCUCAGUUCUGUGGACUUGAGAUCCCUAACUGAAGGGGUUUUUAUAGGGAAAAUGCAUGCUGCUCUUUGGCUUUCUGUCCAACUUUUCUAGAGAUAACUGCCUCCAAUAGGCUUUGUGAACAGAGUAAAUCUGCCGUGUAAAGCACAGACUAUUAUUCUUACAUAGCUUGCUUUCCCUUCCCUUGUCACAACAGUGCCACUGCAAUGCCUCAUCAACUGCUCUGCUCUGCUCCAUCCCACAGGUGUGAGGAAAUGUUUUCAUGAAGUACACUCUGGCAUGGAGAUGGAGGGCUUUGCUACUGUUCUUGGAUUCUACCUAACUUAGAAUGAGAGGGGACCUGCCUUUGCCUCCAGUAGCUGGGAUCAGUUGAGGAAGAAAAUUCCAAUUUGUCUAAAAAGUGCUAUGGAAGUCAAGUUGUGGCAGUAUACAUCUGUAUAGUUCCAGCCAAGGCAGGCAGUGUCACAAGUUUGAGACCAGACUUGGCUUCAUAGUAAGAUCUUCUUGCAAAGGAGGCAGCAGGGGUAGGAAUAAGGGCUCUUGGCAGAGUCUAUUUGGAAAAUUACAAAUCCCGUUGGAAAGAAUAAGCUGUUCCCAGUGUGCUGUUUGUGAUGGGGCAGCUGGAUUCCUAUGCAGGGCAAGGGAGUGUGAGACUUUUUCUAUGAAAGCCUUAGCCUGAUUGACCCCAGGAAUUCAUACCUAUGUCCCUCUGUUUGUAGUACCAUAGUCAAAUGCCCACUCAGUUUACAGUGAAAUGUUUUCAAGUGACUAACUCCAGAAGUGGGCUUCUGGCUUAAUUUUGUUAUAGGCUAAUAUCUAGCAUUUCAUAUUGCAUAACUGGAUACAAUAAGGAAAUUCCCCCCCCCCCUUAAAGAUUUCCAUAUGAUCGAUACUAUAAAUUAUUGUCACUCACAGCUUUCAUAGAAUCUUGGCCUUUAGCUUUAGCUGCAGCCUAUCCUGUCCUUGGACUCAACUACUCAAAAGCCAGCAUCACCAAAGCCCCGUAUUUCUAGAGGCAAGAUUGCUCCUUAGACUUCCAGAUAGGUUAAGGUGGUUGGUGUGCAACCUGAGUAGUCAGGGGCAUUGGAAGAAUCCUGGGUGCUUUGCUCCGCUUGACCUGAAUGAGGUCUCCUAACCUUUUCUGCUCAGCCACUUUUAAUGUGAUUUCUUCCUAAAAGGCAUUCCUUGGGCUGGAAGCUGCAACUGCAGAGUAUGUUUCUCAUCUCCCUUCUUGGCCACUGCUCCCACUCUGGCACCUGUCAGCCACAGCAACCCAGUAUCUGCUCCUGAUGUCUGGGUCACCCAUCAGUGCUUCCUCUGUAUCUGCAGCAUUGGCCCAAACUUACAAUGAGAUCACCCUUUGCACACCAUUUCCUAAGUUUCUGCUAACCUUGUUGUGUGGAUGUAUAAGGAUUUGGGUCUACUCUCAGACCACUGGACUCUUGUUAAGUGUCUUAAGUAGCUAGAGGAUUGGGUGUCACUGUGGGCUGUAGCAUUAGAAGUGGAACAUAACCUAUCUAUCCUACCUGGGUCUCUGUAACAUACAAAAAUUGACAUCUGCAGCUUUUCUUUGCCAAGUAUAAUUUAGUUUGGUCUAUUCCUAAAGGUUCUUUUAACAUGUACUUGCCUAAGCAGGAAGUAGAACAAAACAGCCAGGUAGGGACAGGUAGCCUCUGGGUGAGAUCUGUGCUGAGGAACAAGGGGCCUCCCACCAUUGCCAAAUACUGUUCUUGACAAGACUUGACAAAAAGAUCUUUCCCAUGGCUGUUCAACAGCAUGCUAUCUAUAAUUUGUUACAGCCACUCUAAGCUGUGCUCAAUACCUACAGCACUUACUUUCUGAGAAUCUGAGAUAUCUAUAGCAGUUCCUGAGAGCUCUAUGCAGAAAUGCUUGGACUAGUUUGACUUGGUUGCUUGUGCUUUUCUGCAGGUCAACCUCUCAGACCCUCCUUUCUUCAGCCACCACCUAUGAACUAGCAAGGUCUCUUAGAUGAUCUGCCAGUCCAGUCUGGUAGGCACAGGCACAGGGGAGCAGGAGCUGCUGAUAGCACAUAUCUUCCUGGUCACAAACUCAGGAACUUCUGAACUAUGGGACUAACCCCUGGCUCCACCACAGUCUCUCUUUGAGACAGGUUCUGUGUACUCCUGGUUAUCCUGAAACUGUAUAGACCAGUCUGGCCUCAAAAUCAGAAAUCCAGGGCCUUCUGCCUCUGCUGCAAUUAAAGGCAGAGCACCAUGCCGAGCCUCCACAUUGAAUCUUGACUUGCUCAGUCUUCCUCGAGUCUUUGAAUAGGUAAUCCUUAUGAAAUUCACACAUCACAAUAGUUGCCUUCCUUGAAAAAAACUAUCCCAUUCAUUUUUGUUUCUUUAGUCUCCUUUUAUGGGAAUGUGUGUUGAGGGUGGGGGGGAGGCUAUACAGAGCCUACACAGAAGUAUAUCUUGUGUGAAAGGUAAGCCUGAAGUAGAGGUUUUUGCAUUUACAUUCCUUUUUAUAUGGCUUCCUUCACAGAUCCAUCCCUCUGUACCCCUAAUAAAACAGCACAGCUGUUUUCCCUACCCUCUGUAGGAUGACAAAAGCUUCCCCCCAGCUCUAACCAGUCUCUCUAGGUGCCUGGACCAGCUGCCACCUCCCUCCCUCUCCAUCUUAGUUGGUGCCAGUGCUUUUGAAGCAGGAGAGCGUGUAUUAAGGUAGAGGUCUCCUAAGUCCCCAGGACUAACAGUCAUUCUGCAAAUGAGACAUAGAAGCAAAUACUUUGUAUAGAAUUCUCCCACCCAACUCUCAUCUUUGCCCUCUCCCCUUCUAAGGUAAAAGUUAAAGCUGUCUCCUACAGGCAGCCAGUGGGGGAGAAAGCAGCCCUGCACCUUGCUCUCCAGCAUCCACCACCCAAGGUCUUCCCCACUCACCUGCUUCCCUGCAGCCUAAGCAGCAGCCAGUAGGUAAAGUGGAGACCCACCCCUUUGGCACUUCAUCAACUCUCUAGCCUGGUUAAGAACCUCCUGCGGGGCUGGGGAGAUGGUUCAGUGGCUCAGAGCACUGGUUGCUCUUCUGAUGAUUCAGUUCAUAGAACCCACCUUCAGUUACAGAUCUUACAUGCAAGCAAACACUCAUACACACAAAAAUAAAUUUUUAUUUUUAAAAAAUUGCUUAAAAUGGGACCAAUAAAGUAUUUAACUUAAUCUUAGAGGUCGGGACCUAAAAUGCCAGGUAAAGGUUUUUUAAAUAAGAUUAACAGGACUGGGUUCACUAAGUUGAACACCUAUCAGUUUUCAGGUUCAGCUUUAGAACCCACAUUAUUUCAAGAUGCUUUUAUUCCAGUUAGAUCAGCACGUAUCCAAAUUCUUACUUCCUUUGUUCACAGGAUCAGGAAAAGCUACCCCUGCUGUUUCAAAGACACGAUGUAGCUCAGAUCAUGACCUCACCAGUGUUAAGGGACUCGUGGUUGAACCCUCAGCGCCGUCCAUGCCUCUCCUUCCAGGCUGUGAUGGAGAAUGUAACGGCUUGGAGCCAUUGCCUCUGUCUGCUGGCAAGUCAUGUCCAGGAAGGUGGAGGAAUGGCACUUUAGUUUUGUCAUUUAGCCCUAUGGGGCUUAUUUACUAGACAUAACUCCCUCAAAAAAGGUUUAUGAAAUGCUGAGCCUCAGGUUUCAUAGACAUGUUUGUACACUAAGAAUUCUGCAGCAGAAUAUUUUUAAACAUUGUUUUUUUGUAAGCUAUAUUUUUGUAUAUUUAAUUGCUAUUUUAAAACUUUAAUGCAUUUUUUGCUAAUCACUUGUUUAAAAAUAAAACAUGCAUGUAAUUGACCCAAAUGUGUAAAUA